GUCAUAAUGUUAUGCCUGAUCAGUGUAUGCUGUUAAGCCAUGGGUGCCAAGUCCUGGUCCUGGAGAUCUCCCUUUUAAAAGUGUUUUGUUUAACAUACCUAAUGAGAGGUUCUAAGGUGGCAGUGUCAACACAGCAAUAGAACAACACAAGUGUUCAUGUACUGUUACAUAAAUGUGACCAUUCCAGUCCGACUGGUAAAUCAUUUGAAUCGAAAGUAAAGUGAACUUGUUUGGUUUGUCACACUGCAGCAGUCCGGAGGAAUACGGAGGUUGUGUUUGUGUGUGUUUUGGUGAUUUUUACCCUUUAAUGUAUUGUAAUAAUAUGUUACAAUACAUUGAUCCUGUAACUCAACAGGAUAUACAUGUAGAUCUACACCAUGAGCUUCAUCCUGCUGUGUGUUCUGUCGGCAUAGUGAAGACAACAAGAGCAGAGCAGCACACUCUGCAGUAUUUGUACACACUGCGUUCAGCAGAGUUUGAAAUUACGACAGUGUUUGACGGUCUCAUCAUCUCUCACUGUGAGAGCCCCAGUUUCAGAGAUCAGUCCAGACAGGAGUGGAUCCAUCAGGCUUUCACUGCUGAAGAGUGGACGCACAGAGACCAGUUCUGUGAGGCAGAAUAUUUUUUCCACAAGACUCUAAUAGACAAGAUUCAACAGAUAAUCAACACAACCAAUGGUUUGAUCCAGAGAGAGAGAAGCUGUACUGUAGAUGAUUCAGAAGUCUCUGUGAGUGACAGGUGGGGGGUGGAUGCUGAAGAUUUUCUGACUUUGGAUCCGGUCACUCUGAAAUGGCGUUCUGAGUCUUCACUGGCGAGAACAGCACGAUCAGAAUUUAACCAGUUGAAGUUCAUGAUUCCGUCGCUGAGGGACUUUCAGCUGAAUCAGUGUAAACCAGCUCUGAUGAAGCUGAAGAAGAAGAAAGCAGACUAUCUGAAACAAAACAUGCGUCCUGAUGUAUAUGUUUUUAGCAAGUCUUCUGAUGACAGGGACACUGUAUCUCUGCGAUGUCAUGUCAGUCAUAAGUAUUUACCAGGAAUUCGUGUUCGGCUGACUCUGGAUGGAGUGGUAGUGGACAAAAAUGUUGAUAUCUCCGGUCCAGCUCCGAAUAUGGAUGACUCACUUCAAAUCAGACUUCAGACAGAGACCAGCAUGAAACAACCUGACCGAUAUCAUUGUAUGGUGGACACAGACAAUCUACAUAUUUCUAUUGGAUGGGAUGGCCAGACACUGGACAAAAAGACUCUUCACCAAGAGCAUGUCUUUAAAGAGUUUGGAUUGCAUUACCUUGCAUAUAUUGGCAUUGCCGUUGUGUUGGUCCUCACCGUUGUUGUAAUUACAGUCCUUGUUGUUGUGGCUGUUAACGCUGGGAUCUUUGUGGGCAAAAAAGAUUACGCAAAAAGGAAUAAAAGUAUCAAUAAUGUAGUGCAGUUUUUCAUCCUAUUGGUUCAAAGUGAAGAACAGUGGGAAAGACAAGCUGAUGAUGAGUACUAUGGGCCCAGAAGGUUUAACUACAGGAAUUCUCAGAGCUAAUAACAGAGCUAACUUGUAACCUGAACAUCACAUGAUAAGUAAAUCUACAUGUGUUUGUUUCAUGUGUUUACCU